UUUGAUCAAUUACAGAUUUUCUGAAGGAAUGGAUUCGAUUAUGAAGGAUCUGAAUUCUCCACAUUCAAUGGGAACCACCAUUAUAGGUGUCACAUAUGACGGCGGCGUUAUCCUCGGAGCUGAUUCUCGUACCAGCACCGGAUUAUACGUGGCAAAUAGAGCGUCGGACAAGAUCACUCAGCUGACGGAUAAUGUUUACCUGUGCCGCUCUGGAUCGGCUGCAGAUUCGCAACUUGUUUCUGAUUAUGUCCGCCACUUUCUACAUCAACACACGAUACAACUUGGCCAGCCUGCAACUGUCAAAGUUGCUGCCAACCUUAUCAGACUGUUAUCAUACAACAACAAGAAUAUGCUGCAAGCUGGCCUCAUUGUUGGUGGAUGGGAUAAGUAUGAGGGGGGUAAAAUAUAUGGAGUCCCUCUUGGUGGAACAAUUGUAGAGCAACCUUUUGCAAUUGGAGGAUCUGGCUCGACAUAUUUGUAUGGUUUCUUUGAUCAAGAAUGGAAGGACGGGAUGACAAAAGAUGAAGCCGAGAAAUUGGUGGUGAAGGCUGUUUCUCUUGCCAUUGCUCGAGAUGGAGCCAGUGGUGGAGUUGUUCGGACAGUAAUUAUCAAUUCAGAGGGGGUGACACGAAACUUUUACCCGGGUGAUAAGCUUCCACUGUGGCACGAGGAGCUUCCACCCCAGAAUUCGCUUCUAGAUAUAUUGUCGUCUUCUUCCAGUCCUGAGCCAAUGGUUAGUUGAGUUAUGCCCAUUCGCAUGUUAUAGUGACUCGUAUAUGAUUGUUUUUCACUAUAUUUGAUUCAAGACGUGUUGUAUACUAUUUAGCGUCUGGUUCACAUCAAUCGAAAACUAAUGCUAUUUCUGAGAAUG